CAUGCAACGCUAUCCCUACUUCGGUCCAUUUGUACGCUUUUCUUCUCCCCCUAUGCGCUAUGUAGGAUUCUCAUCUUCGUUACUUGGAAAAGUAAAUACUCGAUCUUCUAUUUUGCACCGAGCCAGGUUGACCACGUGGAGAAGUCAGUUUUACAUUUUCACGCGAUAAUAAAACGAAGUAAUAAGGUGUUCUUUAAAGGGAGAAACAUAUAUUACAGAUACAAUGGCGAGCACCAAACCUACGAAUAUGACCACAAAACGUCAAGCUAACGAUAUUCCUAUGGAGAUAGAAGUGGUUAAUGGUAUAGAAGGAAAGACCACGCAACAUUCAGCUAAGAAAAAAGCAAAAAAUGUACAAGGUGGAGAAUUUAGAAAGGUACCAGUACCAGCACAUAGAUAUUCACCUCUGAAAGAAAAUUGGAUGAAGAUAUUCACACCUAUUGUUGAGUAUCUGAAGUUACAAGUGCGUUUCAACUUAAAAAGCAGAAACGUCGAAAUCAGAACAUCACCGGAGACUACAGAUAUUGCAAAUCUCCAGAAAGCAGCAGAUUUUGUAAAAGCUUUUGUUUGCGGUUUUGAAGUGGAAGAUGCUCUAGCUCUGUUACGUUUAGAUGAUCUCUUUAUAGAGACAUUUGAUAUACACGAUGUCAGACAACAGCUCAAGGGUGACCAUCAGUCUAGAGCAAUUGGAAGAUUAGCGGGCAAAGGCGGAAGAACCAAAUUCACCAUUGAGAACGUGACUAAAACUAGAAUCGUCAUUGCGGACACCAGAAUUCAUAUUCUUGGUUCUCAUCAGAAUAUACAAUUGGCCCGUAGAGCAAUAUGUAAUUUAAUUUUGGGCAGUCCGCCAUCCAAGGUUUAUGGACAUUUGAGAAGCAUAGCUAGUAAAAUCUCGCAACAAUUUUAAAAUUUUGCGCGCGUACAUAUCCAUGCGUAUUUGUAAAUUAUUUUGUAUAUAUAGUACUAUAUCUGUAACUGUAUUUUGUAAUUACACAGAAUAAUACUUAUGGAUAAUAAACACAUAUUCGUAUU